AUGGCGACUCCACCGAACGAGCCACCAUCACAGAGAUCACGGGGCCAUGAAUUAUUUGGUCGUCAAGCAAAAUUACAUACAGAUUAUCGUGAUCAAUCAUCUGGUCUACCUAUUUCUGAUACUCAUAUACCUUUACCAUCACUUAAAGCAGCUCAUUCGAUAGCAUCACCACCUAAUUUUACAUCAUCUUCUUCUUCAAAUCUACCUCAUCAGCAUUCACCAGUGUUAAUGCAUCUUCGAUCGACUUUAUCGUCAACUGAGUCUUUUGCACAUUCAAGUGAUAAUAAUAUUCAGUUGAUUAGUGUUAAUCGUCGACCUGAAUUAACUUAUAUUAAAGAUUUACCGUUGCCACCAGAACCACCAGCUUAUCAUAGAAUUUCAACAAAAUUACAGGAAACUGAUUUUCCAUUACAUGAUCAUUCUAGAACCGAUGAAUCAGAAAAAAUCAAAAGUGAAGAUGAAAAGCCAAGUCAUUUGAGUCAUACUGCUGCUGUUGAAAAAUUCAAUAAUGAUUCACCAACAUAUGAUGAUGAUAAUGAUGUUAUUCAUGACGAUAAUGCUCAUAAUGAUGAUGAACAAGAAUAUAAUAGCGAAAGUUUUGAUGAAGAGGAGAACAGUCCUAAUAUAAAUGAUCGUGAUGCAAAAACUAACAUUCAUAAUUAUCAAAACGAUAGUGGUAUUCAUACCAUAUCAUCAACUGGAAAUAGUGAUCAACAACAUGAUCAUGAUCAUAGGGAAGAAAAAAUAAACGAAAACCUAUUGCACAUGGCUUGUUCUACACGAGAAGCAGUUAUUGAAGACUACGAUAGUGAUUUUGAUAAUUCAUCGCCUGAAGAUGAUGAACAAUUAACAAAUAAAGAUUCAACAAAUGAAUAUGAAGAGGACGAAAGAACUCACCUUAUUUUACGACAGCAAAGAGUUCUUUGGAGUAUUGUACAAGAAUGGUCGAGAAAAGAACAAGUUUAUUGUGAUGAAUUAAAAAAAAUGAAAGAACAAGUAAAUCAAAUAUUUAUUCCAGGAAAUUUUCAAAGUUUAGUACAAAACUUAUUUGAGCAACAUGGAAAAGUUUAUCAAGAAAUUGAAGACUUAUAUGAUGGUGAUCGUGAACCAGCAACGUUAAUAAGAUACUUAACACACGCUGUUGAAACAUUAAUGGGAACACUUCCAGUGUACGAUGAGUAUAUUCGACUGAAUUUAGCACCUAUUCGAAAAUUAUUUGAAAAACGAAUCAAUACAAAUGCAUUACCAAUUGAAGAUCUUUUAUCCAUUCCUCCAAAACAAUUUCUUCAAAUAUUAUCUCAAGUACAAGAUUUAUAUCAAACAUCACAGUCAUUACAAUCUGGUGAUACAAAAAAUAUGACUCAAUUAUAUUUUCAUGCCGAAAAAUGCAAAUUAUAUGGUAGUCGCCAGGAUGAAAACAUCAAUAAAGUUAUUUUAAAAAGUGAAGAGGUUGCUAUAAUGUCAGCACGAGGACAUCGUGAUCGUUGCCGACUUAUACUCUAUCCUGAUGGUAUUGUUACUUGUACUUUAAAAGCUAAAUUACUUGCAAGUCCAAAAUACACACUGCUUUGGUUUACUCCCAUACUUGAUUUACAAUGGACGAUAUCUCAAAGUGCUUCCGAUGAUACUAGUGAUACCGGUGAUGAAUUAAAAACAAAUCUUAAAUCUGUUUAUCAAGAAUUAGAAAAAACACCAAAAAAUAAUAAUGUAUUAGCAAGUCGUUUAUCGAAAAAUAUUCGUAAACAUGAAAGCGAAUUUAAUUUAGCACAAUCAAAGAUUCAACUUAUCUUGUCGAGUACUUCCGGCGCAUUUCCAUUGGCAACGAUUCUUUUUUCUUCUGCUUAUCAACUACAAGAUUGGGUCGAUAUGAUUGAUAGAACAAAACAAGAACUCAUUCAACGUAGUUCAGCUGCAUUAAAUCAAACUAAUAAUCAACUACGCUUAUCUGAUUCAAUUAUACAAAAACGUCUCGAUUUAAUUAAACCAAAUUUAUCUGAAUCGAAUUCCAUUGAAUCAUCAUCAACUACUCAGACUAUAUCACCUUGCAAAACAUACUCUGGUACAUUAUGUAUUACAAUAUAUAGUAUGCAAGGUCCAGCUCUCUACAAUCCAACAAGACAAUAUCAAACAUUACCAGCGAUGUCAUCAAUGCAACAGCAACAGCAAUUGCAAAAACAUUUUCAAUUUUAUGUCGCUGUUGAAAUCGAUUCCUAUAAUACGUUUAAUACGCAUGCAAAAACACGAACUCAAAAAAUGAUACAACCUGAAUUGGUUGAAUUUAAAGAAGAGGUAUUUCAAAUUGAAUUAGAAUAUUCACUUGCGCUUCGCUUCCUUAUCUAUCGGAUCGAAUCAUCGACAGCAGAUGGUCAUCAUAAUUCGCAGCCAGAAACAUGUAUUGGUAAAUUUCAUCGAGAUAUCGAAACUGCGUUACGUGAAUGCCAACAUAGCCCAAAUCAAGUUACAUAUUUUGAAUCUCCAUCUGGAGAUUUAAAAUUAAAAAUUUCCUUAAACUACUCGCGACGCGAAGGAACAUUCAAACGUCAAGCAUCAAAACGUAGUCUUGCUGUAUUUGGAAAAAGUAUUGAAAAAUUAAUAAGCACACCAAAUGGACAUAUUAAUGGCAUUCCACGUAUCAUUGUUAAAUGUAUUGAAAUGGUCGAACAAGAUGGCUUAGUUGAAACAGGCAUAUAUCGUGUAUGUUGUGUUGCAUCUGAUUUACAAAAACUUCGUGCUCAAUUUGAUCGAGAUUAUCGCCAUGGUGAAGAGAUGUUAGCACAAAAGAAUGUUCAUGUUGCAGCUAAUCUAUUAAAAUUAUUUUUUCGUGAAUUACCCGAGCCAUUAUUUAGCAGUGCAUAUUAUCAACAAUUUCUAAGUGCUGUCCAAUUAACUGAUAUUGACAAUCAACGUGUUAUAUUAGUAAAAACAUUUGAAUUACUAAAUUCGGAUAAUCGAAAAAUUUUAUUAUAUCUAUUCGAUCAUUUAAUUCGCGUUAGUGAAAAUUCACGUACAAACAUGAUGCAUUUAGAAAACUUAGCUGUUGUUUUUGGACCAACAUUAAUGAGACCAUCAAAAUUAAUGAUAGCAAAUUCAGCUAGUAAUCAACCUUCAAACGCUAGUGGAUCAGUGAUGGCAACUGAUCUUGAUCAAAUGUCAUCAGAAUUACAAGGUUCAAUGUAUCAAUGUCAAGUUGUUCUUGCUUGUUUAAAAUUAAGACAAAAUGGAAUGCUAAAAUGA